GAGGUCAGAGGUUGUUCGCUAAUCGGAAGUCGCGUGAACGCGGUGAAGUUGCCGUUGUCUCUGAUUUAGUUCAGGAAGGAGGAGGAGGCUUGAGUGACCGGGAGCCAGCGAGCGAUUGAUUUGCCCAGCUCUCCCGAGGAAAGAUGAGUCACUCGGCCGAGGAGGAUCGCGGGCCCUCGUCGGGCAGCCAGCCCGGCGGCAGCAGCAGCGUCGGGAUCGCGAAGAAACGGAGACUGCAGCGGGAGGACGACAGCGGCGAUGUGGAUGAGGAUCGGGUGGACGGGCCGAAAGUCCAGAAAUUAGAUGACGGUUACUGCAGUAAAGUGGCCGCACACUACAACGAGCUUCAAGAAUGUGGUUUGGCAGCACGUAAUCAGAGUCGUAUCUUUUACUUGCGCAACUUCAACAAUUGGAUCAAGAGUGUCCUUAUUGGGGAGUAUCUUGAUAAUGUAAAGCAAAGGAAUAGGCACAACAUCACUGUCUUGGACCUCGGCUGUGGAAAAGGUGGAGAUUUAUUGAAAUGGAAAAAAGGGCAAAUUAGCAAGCUAGUUUGUGUUGAUAUGGCUGACAUUUCUGUUGAGCAAUGCACUCAGCGGUACGUUGACAUGAAAAACAGAUGUUAUUCGAACGAACAUCUUUUUGCUGCAGACUUUAUAAGAGCCGACUGCACCAAGGAGUUACUGACUGAGAAAUAUCACGAUCCUGAUAUAGUCUUUGACAUCUGCAGUUGUCAGUUUGUCUACCAUUAUUCUUUUGAGACAUUACAACAGGCAGACACCAUGCUGAAGAAUGCCUGUGAACGCUUGCGUCCUGGAGGAUACUUCAUUGGAACUACGCCAAACGCUUUUGAACUUGUAAAACGUCUGGAAACAUCAGAAACCAGCUCAUUUGGAAAUGAACUAUACAGUGUAACGUUUCAAAAGAAAGGCGAAUACCCACUCUUUGGCUGCCAGUAUGACUUUAGCUUGGAAGGAGUAGUUAACGUCCCUGAAUUCCUUGUUUAUUUUCCACUGUUUGAAGAGAUGGCUAAAAAGCACAAGAUGAAGCUCGUUUUAAAAAAAACUUUUGCCGAGUUUUUCAAAGAGAAAGUCCAGAAUUCGGAACAUAAAAUGCUGCUGAAGAAAAUGAAGUCGUUAGAGCAAUAUCCUAGUGCAGAGAAUAAAGGUAAUCCAGCAUUUAACCAGCAGGAUUAUGUGCAUGCAGAAGAUUACCUGAAGAACCCACAAGCAAGACUGCCACUUGGAACGUUAAGCAAAUCUGAAUGGGAGGCUACAAGUAUUUACUUGGUGUUUGCAUUUGAAAAGCUGCUAUAAGAAGACAAACAAACCUCCAUUUCUCACUGCAAUCUUCUUUGGUACCUAAAGAAAAGAAGCUCGAGUGGACUUAAUUAUAGCAGUUGUUUGAAACUGCUUUGAAGUACUGUAUUUUAAGAUUGAUGUUUAUACCAGUGAAAUCAGGAAGAUAUCUCGGAGAUAGUGGAUUCAAAUUGCAGUCCUUGGUGGGCCAGUGUUGGAUUUACAAGAAGCAGUCUUGCUGGAAUGUUCUUUUUUGUUAACAUUCUUUAUUCAAUACUUGUUUUUGUUUUACUUAUAAGUAUAUAUUUUUGUUUAAAACAUUUUUGAAUAUUGUACUUUUUACUUUUAGGAUGACCAAGUUCAAAAAAUGAUGUUAGAAAGUUGACACUUGUCAAUCAUAUUACAAAAUAAAAUAUACAUAAAAUAAUA